AUGCGGCGUGAGAGGGAUGACUCAGACGAUGAAGACAUUCCGCUGCAUCACAAACGCCCGUUUGGCGCUGGGCUGAAGCGCAAGAAGAUUGAGUUUGUCAAAGCCACAGACGCAGACGCAAGCAACACGAUCAAGAAUCUGGGCAAAGAAACCGCCUCUAUCGGAGAUAUCUACGCCAGCAUAGUCCUAGGCGGCAGCUCGAGAGAUUCGUCAUCAAAACCUGAAGGCACCAGCGAUGAGAAGGACGUCCAUAAGGAGGACGCUGCUGAAAAAGAGCCGGAACCUCCCACAUGCCCCGUCUGCUCUCUUCCCAUCACGACGACGCUGCAGCAACACGAGGCCUCGCUUGCCCAUCAAGUCAGCCUGGAACACUCCCAUCCUCCAUCUGCACUAGAUCGAUCGCGCAUGGGUUUGCGAGCCCUGGAAUCUCAGGGCUGGGACCCCGAUUCCCGCCUUGGCCUGGGCCGAGAAGGCGAGGGCUCCCGGUUCCCGAUCAAGGUAGCCCGGAAAGAGGACACGCUGGGAAUCGGGGCUACUCGUACGCAGCCAAAGCAGGCGGCUCAAGAGAAGCCUCGGGCUCUGACUGGCAAGGAAAUGCGCGCUCUGGCGGACAAGGAGAGAAGAAAAGGGGAGUGGCUACAGGCUGAGAUCUAUGGACGGGUGGAUGUGGAGAAGUAUCUCAGGGGGAAUGGAGGUGAGGAUGGCUUAUGA